CUCAGUCCGUUUCCGACUUUGGCAGGCAGUAAUACUUGCGACGGCAACACCGCGCUCAGAGCUUUAUUCUUCCCAUCCCGUCAACGUUUCGUCGCUUGCUAGUUGCUUGUUUUCUGUGGUUCUUGCCAUCAAACUUCACCAAAUUUUCAGCUACAUAUUUCUGUUGCCCACAGGCAGAAGAAACUUCGCAUGUCCUUCCAAAAUUUGAAAACUUUUGAUCCCUUCGCCGACGCCGAUAAGGGUCCGGGAGAGGCAGUACAGGAUGGUCUAGUUCACAUCCGUAUUCAGCAGCGUAAUGGUCGUAAAACUUUAACUACUAUUCAAGGAUUAUCUGCCGAAUACGAUUUAAAGAAAAUUGUUCGCCAUUGCAAGAAGGAAUUUGCUUGCAACGGUACUGUUGUUGAACACCCUGAGUAUGGUGAGGUUCUUCAGCUUCAGGGAGACCAAAGAGAAAAUAUCUGUCAGUGGUUGACGAAAACUGGGUUGGCUAAGCCAGAACAGCUCAAAGUUCACGGUUUUUAAGCGUCUUGCAAAAGACAUAUUACAUAUUCAUCAUGUCACGUGCAAACUACCCUACCAUGGCAGUUUUCAAAAUGAGAAGAAAACAGCAUUUGCUUGUUAAAAAUCCAAUUUCUCGCUUACAUUUUGUCCUAUUUUAAUUUCUGGAUGAAUAUUUGUGUGGCUACGGUGUUUGUCAAUAAAAGAGAAAAAUUUAA